AAUGAGAAAUAACCCAAAAAAAAAAAAGGCAAUACACUAGAGAGAGAAUAAAAGCCUAUUCUCUUUAGUGUUUGCUUUACCUUUGUGCUUCCAAGAGGGAGUAAAGGACUGUCUCCUCUUAUUUUGAUCUCUAUAUAUUUGGUUAUUUCUUCUUCCACUUUUCUUAAUUUAUUCUCACCAUUUUCUUUGUUCUUUCCCUUAAGAUACAAGUCCUCAAAUAAACAUGGCAAACUGCAUUGAUUCUACUAAUUCUGAGCAACUCUGCUAUAUCCCUUGCAACUUGUGCAAUAUUGUUCUUGCGGUGAGUGUACCAUGCAGCAACUUGUUUGAUAUAGUGACAAUUCGAUGUGGACACUGCACAAAUAUGUGGACUGUAAAUAUGGCUGCUGCAUUUUCUCAGGUGUCCAACUACACUUCUCCUGAAUACAAGAUAGAUUUUGGUUCAUCAUCUAAAUGCAACAGCAGGAUGGCAGUCCGAUCAUCCCUCACAAAAAAUCCUCGUGAGGAGACGAUUGCAAAUCGACCCCCUGAGAAGAGGCAGCGAGUACCUUCUGCAUAUAACCAGUUCAUAAAAGAGGAAAUUCAAAGGAUCAAGGCUAAUAAUCCAGAUAUCACUCAUAGGGAAGCAUUUAGUACUGCUGCAAAAAAUUGGGCACACUUCCCUCACAUUCACUUUGGGCUCACGCUGGAGACCAAGAAUCAAGCUAAACUUGAGAAUGCAGAAAAGCAUAUAAUGCAUAGGGCUGCAUUGCCAAAAAUAAAGACCUUCACCUUCUGAGACUGAGAUUCUUUACAUGUUGUGUGUUGAAUUGAAGACAAGUUAGAAAUCAAGGUGUUCUAGCGUGUGAGUAUUAUUUAAUAUGAGACUCUUUUAUUGUUCUAUUUGUUGCUUAUAUAUUUUAUAAUUUGUAACUUUCUUUAAUGUCUACAUUAUUUUUUCUUAAUGAGAAAAUUUCAAUUAACCUUUUG